GGGGCCGUUCCCUCAGCAGAUCCCAGCUCAGUCCGUCCAGAGCAGCGGCGGGGAUGAGCGCGGGGGAGCACGCAGCGGCGCAUUUGGCAGUGAUGGCCGUGGCUGUAAAGCGGUGCGGGUGAUCCUGGCAGAGACCCAGUGAAAAAGACCUUCCUCUCACUCUCAUGAAAGAAGCCAGAGGGGGGGGGGAAACGAAGCCCACGCUGACGUAAACACAUGCUACCAUGUACAGCGUGGAGGACCUCCUCAUCUCUCAUGGAUACAAGCUUCCCAAGAACAGCGCUUCCUCCACCCAAACGCCAGUCCCCACGUCCUCGUCCCACCAGCCUCCACCUUCCUCCCCGCCGUCCUACAGCAAACACCACGAAGCUCUGGAGAGCAGACACGGCCCCAGAACAGCCAAUGGCUAUGAGCGAGGGCCCGCUGGGGCUUUUGGGAGCAUCAGUGGAACAAGGCAGCCUCAAGCGUAUGGCGGGAGUUCGCCCAACAACAACAACAACGAACCGAGGGAGAGGAGCCAGACAAAACAGGAGGGCGAGAGCCGGGGCCACGCUGACAGCCACUCUUUAGGAGAGUCCCUGACCUUAGACAGUGGGUUUUCUGAUGGCAGCAAAGCCCCUCAGGCAUUGUCCAAGGAUGUGUCCUACUGGAGGAGGAGAGGCCAGGACUUCACUGUGUUGCUGGACUAUGCUGACUUAACGGAGUCCUAUGGAGGGGUCCAGGGAGAUUGCAAUCGGCCAGAAGGUCAAAAAGCAAGAGGUCAAGAGCUCUCCACAGAGGACCGUCAGAGGUUUGCUCAGGAAAGGCAGCGCUGGGCAGCUCAAGCCCAGGCCCAGGCUCAAGCCCAGGCCCAGGCCCAGGCUCAGGCCCGCUCUAGAGAGAGGGAGGCAGCUCUUCAUCAGUGGAGAAUGGCAGCUGAAAGGAAGUGCCAUAGCCUGGGGACGGAGGAGUGGAACCCAGCUGUAAUAUUUGGCCGCCAGCUGUCUCAGAGUGAGGGUGAGCGUUGGGCACAGGAUCAGCACCGGCUCCAUGCCAGGACACCGGAUGGCAUGGUAGUCCACCCCAGGACCAAAGUUAAAUCCCAGUCUCUACCCAGGAUGGUCCAACCCGAGAGCUUGCAAUAUAUCGACGUGGUUUCGUCAGGUCAAGAACUCUACAAGCGGGUGAAUGGGCACCCAUUUGCACACCACCAACUGUACAGAGCACCACGCUGGGCAGAGAACGGUAGGCCUGCUAGUGCCAACCAACUCUCUAUAACACCAAAACCCCGCUUCACCCGACCCCCCAGACCUCCAUCCUAUGAGAUGCACCAGCAGAUCAGGGGAAGCUGUGAGGUGCUGUCAGGUAGAGAGUCAGUCAUUCCCCAAGCCCGAGACAGAACCCCCAUUCCCAUGUCACGACCGACUGACCCCCAUUUGGACUAUUUUGCACAGGAUUCUGGCCCUCCAGGAUAUAUUCCUCCUCCAUCAUACAAAAGAGUUCCAAUAAUGGGAGGGGGGCUCCGGGGAUAUGGAGAAAUAGGUGUGGAUUACAGGUACAGAGGAAACAUGUAUCAGCAGAUACACGUGGCUCCAGAUGGAUCUCAUUGGUUUAUCAGACAUCCAGCCAGUUCUUGGCCUCAUCCACAACGAGAGAGAAGCUUGUCCAGCCAGAAGCAGCUUUGCCCCAUCUACUCCAACCAAGAGCAUUCAACUGGAAGUGUUCAGUAUAUUCCAUUUGAUGAUCCCCGUAUUCGUCACAUAUCUUCAGCCCUGGGUGGGAAUUCCUUGACAGAUGCUGAUAAGAUCCGCCACAUUCGUAAAGAGCUUCCCAGUGUCACUGUGUCGGAGUCUGCUACCAAUGACAGUGCCUUUUUGCCCCCGCCACUGGGGCCUUUCAUCACUGCCAAACCGGCAGCUGAAGCUAACCAGAUAUCUCCUAGCGACUUUGACAAUGACAAUAAGAGGUGGCGAAGCGAUUUGCACAAACAGACUGUUGAUAACUUCCCAGCACCAGACCAAAACUUAAACAACAGACAUCUCAGAAACCAACUUCCAACUCCAUCCACUUCGUCAGCCUUCCAGGUCCCAUUGCCAAGAACUUCCCCUCGCCAGGGAUCUAGAUCAGACCAGAUCUUUGCAGAAACUAUUACACAGGUGAAAAAAAUUGCCCCAGAUUCAGGACCAGAGAACUACAGGAACACAAAAAGAAGAGUGAGUGAGACCAUAUUCUGUCUGGUAUCUGUUCCUCUUCACACACCAACCAACAUCAGCAAAGACCUAGUAGCUGAUCAGAACAACAAUGAGGCAAUACCAAACUUAACCAUGACCAAAACCGACACUUUUGCUGUAGGCCUCAAAGAGAGUCUAAAUAUUCGCAGCAAGUCUGUGAACGAAAUGCCUAUUAAAUCCUGCUAUUCUCAUUUUCACACCAGCAACACAUCCUCAAUGAGGAACUACAAGAGAGCUCCUUUAAGAAAAGAGAUCAUCGAUGCAUGGGCACUCCAAGCAAAUGAAGAUUUAUGCUAUGCUAGGUCCUGGCCUGGAAACCAGUACCGUAAUCAGGAAACUCAGACGGGUUCACCUUUGACGGUGGUAAAAAGCCCAGAACCUCAGAGCCCUCCAUGUGGAGAGGAGCCUGCUCUGUCUGCCUCAAAUGCAACUACUGACCUUGAUGUCAGGUCUGACAGCAGCGCCUCCUACGGCUAUCCCAUGGCAGGCCAAAAACACCUUAAUCCGUCCAGCAACAGCGCCUUCUCCCGUCUCAGCCCAGCACAAAUGCCAACGCAACAGGACUCACCGCAGCAACCAUCAUCUCCUUCCAAAGCAAGUGUUCAGUCAGACCAGCAGCCAUCCUCCCCUCAGAAGAUCGGUUCUCCAGACAGCGCAGAGCAUGUGGUAUUUGGUCAGUUUCUCUUGAAGCCAGUAAACCGACGACCCUGUGAUGCCAUUGGUGAAUUAGAGACUAUAAAUAAAGAAAUGGAAGAAACAAUCAGCAAGAGACCAAUCAUUGGUCUGACUACUGGAGAUCUAGAUGGGUUUCAUAAAAAGCUGGCUUGUUUAAAGUCAGAAGCCCAUUUCACUUGCCCAGAACCAGGCCGGGAAGCAAUCAGUCUUCCUCCACUGCACAAAGACAAGCCUAAUAGUAUAAAAAAGAGAUCAAAGUCAUUUGCCUCGACUGCUGAUCUUGAAUCCAUGGACACGAAUAAUGCUUUCUCCAGGGCACAAGCAAACCACAUAUACCCAACAAAUAAGCUUUCCACAUUGGUCAUCCAAGAACCCAGAGAGGAUUCUCUCCUCUCUCCUGUUUCCUCAAACAAUGAAUUGAAUCAGCAUUGUCGGCAAGACAUCCCAGUUCCUCAAGAAUCCCUUCUGAGGAACGUGGGGCUAACCGUCUACACAGAAAGCCCUAGUCGGCCAAUGCAGCGCUCACGUUCAGCCCCAUUUCCACUUGAUCAUGAGGCCCCAACUCCAUCAAUGUCAAUCUCCUUGGACACCAGGUCAGGACUUGUUAAAACCAGUUGUAGUUUGGAUUUCACCUCAAAUGAAAAGCCUAGGGAUUGGUUAAACAGUGAGAAAACAGCUACUUCAGACAAGAAAGUAGUUUGUCUCAAUGGAAGCAUCUCUAGGUCUGGGAAUGAAAGUUGCCAACCACUUCUGACAGAAAGUCUCCCACAAAGGAAGACAAAAGAAGUUUCUUUUGCCUUUGAGAAUGAGGUUGACAAAAAAUAUGCCCUCCCUGAACCCCUCACCUAUAAGAAUGACUCAACUAUAACAGAUAAGCAUUUAGAGAGCUUACUGAUUCAGGAGAAAGCCAAAACGUUACCUGUGGAGGACCUAAGCAAGCUGUAUGAGAUCAAAUGUGCAGAAGGCAUCCCUGAAAAUGAGUCUAUAGAGGAGAGGGCGGCACGGAUCUUGGGUAUUUCUGUUCCUGUUGGGGCUUUAGGUGUGGGGGACAAACAUAUUGACGAUAACCAGGUUGAUUUAGACACCAGUCCUAGAGAGAAACGGCCAAGUCCAAAUGAAGAAACAAAGAAUGCGAAGGAGUGUGAGGAAGUCAAAGAGGAGCUCUUGUUAAUCAAAGCUCCAACUACUGUUCAGGUCAAGGUGACAGGGUCAGGUGACGAUCAAAAAGAACACAAAGAUGAUAAAGAGAAGCACAACAGCGAACAUAGAGAUCAUCAGGGCAUAGAGAUUCGGGCAGGAACAGAAAAUCCUGAAAUCCCACCUCUGCCUGUGACCGCUGAGGAAAAGCCAGCAGUCAGUGCAUCGCACGGGGAUAAGAAAGGGAAAAGUGGAGCAAGCAAAGUCAUCGAAUCCAUCCAAGAUAAGCUGAACAGUUCGUAUGGUACACUUCUGGCUCUGUCGAGCACAGAAAGAAGGGCACGUUUUAAGGAGCUGGACUCUGUGUCUCGAAUAAGACGCCUCAGUCUUAAAGGCCCAGACUCUGUAAUAGAAGUUAUUUCUAAAGAUACAAAUGUCAGUAUUGAAGAAUGUGAAGCUAGCAAAGAAAUUAAACUAAAUGUUGAGCAACAGCCAGCAAAGCAGGUGAAGGAGGAGAAACAAGAGCAGGAACUUCAGGAUGAAAAUGAGAAUGGACAAGUCUGUUUGGGAAAUCCUGAACGAAAAAAAGAAGAAAAUAUCAGGGAGACUACAGAGAAGAGACAAAGUGAGGAGGAGAUGGCCUUUCAAAUUGCACUUAAAGCAAACAGGGAGCAAAGUAAUAAUUCACAUUAUGAAUUAAAAAUGGAGGAAGCAGAGUUGGAGUUAAAAAUUGUGGAAAGAGAUACAGAAAAGCCUUCGGAGGUCACGAAGGAGGAAAGGAACACCACGGGGGCCAGCAGAGCCGAGAACGCUCACAGCGCAGAAGCAAGACCGGUGCCCAAACCAAAGCGGCGCACCAAGCUUCAGAAACCGCCCCUGCUUCCCAAACCUCGCAGUGUCCCCAAGAGAGAAAUAACGCUGCCAGUGAGCCUCAGCUCUGGGACCUGUGGUCACUCAAAUGCAGAGGAAGAGGAGGAGGAGGAGAAGCUCUCUGUCUCAGACUCGUAUGACCCCAGUCGAGUGGAGAGGGUGUAACUCCUGACAGCUGCCUUCACCACUGUGGAAAUCUGUCUUUUGUCAAGUUACCAACUUUUUUUUCCUCUGUUUUAAUCCACCAAGAAGACCUUCAUCUCACCUCGUGACGCUGUCGGAACCCCUCUGGAUCCACCUAUGAACUUCCCACAGAAGUGACUGUGCUGGUGCUGCAGGAGCUUCUUCCUGUUUCUGAACCAGUUUUUUUUCUCCAUAAGCAUUUUGGACUUCCUCCUUUUUCAGGCAUUACUUUUGGGAAAUGAGAAAUCGAAAAAGGCAUGUCAUUUUUCCACCUGCACAUGGGCUCCUCGCCAAGCGUCUGUGUGGAAUCAUGAAUGUAAAAGUGCUUCUGCUCCACCAACAAACAAGAAAAAUGUACCAGAAGAAACCACAAGAGAGAUGUAUUGCAUUACAAUCAGUAUUAACCAAAUGUAAAUACGAGAAACUAAUGACAUUUUGUUAAAUCUAUAAAAAUAGUAUCAAACUGAAAUGUAUAUUUUCUUAUAUUUGUUUAAAACCUUUGGUUUUCAGAAGUGUAACAUUUGGGUGUGUGAUCAAUAAUGAAACCCCGCCCCCUGCUCUUUAUUCUUCUACUCGUGUGAUAGAGAAUGUACUCAGAGAGUUUAGAUUGCAAAGAAAACACUGUGGUCUUUGAAUAGUUUCACUCCAGAGCAAUAUAGCCGUCCCAGACGAGCGUCUGCGACCCGCUUUCAGUGGAGCUAACCAUUCAUUUGAGAUGUUUUGGUGCACGUGUCGUAUUUUUGUACUGCUGAGAUUACUGGCUCUGUGUCGUUUGCAAAACACCUGAUUGUGGUUGUGUCCGAAUUCCUUCACUACUCAAUACUUAGUGCACUACAUAGGAUAUUCGCCAUUGUGUAGGGCAGUCUGAAUCUACAAUUCCAAAAUCCAGUGUCCUUGAAUCUUCCCAGAAGUCCCUGCGAAAAACCAGUGUGCAUCGAUGCACAAAAGGAAUAUUGACCACAACGCAUUGCUUUUGAACAAUUUUUGUGAAAAUAAUGUUUUUUUUUAUAAACCAUUCAUAAAUAGUUUUCGUAGAAUGUUUAUCAGGCUUUUAUUUUGUGAAAUCGGUGACGUUAAAAAAUAAUAGUGAGCAUCGUGUCUACAUUGCUUUUUAAAAUCCAGGGCACUAGAUAAUCCCAAACUAUAUAGUUUUUAGUAGCAAAGGAUAGGGAGGGAAUUCGGACAUAGCCUACAAGUUCAAAAUCAAGUAAAAGUUCCCCGAAGUCUCUGCGAAAAACUGGUGACCACUGAUGGUCACUAGAUUGGCAAAUAUAGGCCACAAUGCAACCGAUUAAACUAUUUUUCAUCUAAAAAAGUUUUUAUCUUCAGCACAGUAAAUUCAUAGUCUUUGUACUUCAGGAAAUCAGCAACGUCAUGUUUGCCGUUUAAAAAAAGAAGUAGUGAUUAGGGUGUCUGAAUCCAGGGCACUAGAUAAUCCCGCACUAUAUAGUUUUCUUCGUAGGUAGGGAGUCGGGAGAGUAUUCGGACAUGGCCUACGUCUUCACGUUGGGAUGAGAUCCUCCUUAAGGAAAUGUUCACAGUGAAUCCCCACGCUGUCUGACCUUUUCCAUCCUUCGCUUCGUGUCUCACAUGCGCUUCUGGUAGGAAGCGGCGUAGAUGUAGCUGUCCCGAGCUGUCCGCUGUCGUAGGGUCUCCGUUGCAACUGGACUUCCAUUUCACUGAAAUGAAAAUCAUGUUUGUGUAGGCAAUAAUAUUAACAUGAAUAAGCUUAAGAUCCUUAGUAAUGUCGCUGUACAGAACUUUGUCUGAGCACGUUCGAUAGAGGUGACGAACGGGGUAGCAAUAGAGAUGAAAUUGACCAACGAACCAAAACAAACUUUUAUUCUAUGCAUUGGACAUCAACUUUCACUGGGUGUUAACAGAAAAUUAAAAACCAUGUCAGUGUCUGUCAAGUGUGUGGUGAAGCUGCAGAGUUUAGUGUGCGUCCUGUCUCCAGCCCCGUACCUCUGUGCUCCAGGUAAUGUGUUAUCUGGUCAUUCUUGUUGGUCUUUUUUGUAGAUCUAUUGGUGCACAUCUUGCUUUGAUAUUUUCUAUUUUCAUACAGAGGUAUGUACAGGUUUUUUUCUAAACGCUGCAUCUUUUUUUUUUUUUUUAAUGUUUUGUCUUCUCGCCUUUUCUGUGCAUGUAAUGCGUAAGAAGUCACGGAAAAAGUGUAUUUGCAUAUACUUGCAUUUGGUACUAUAUAUGUAUAGUCUAUCCAAUAAACAACAGUUAUAUUUCAUACAAUGUAUAUUUUAUUUUCAGAAGUUAAGCUGCAUAUUUAAAAAUAAAUAAAAAGGAGUAAGUAUAUUUUUUAGAAAUAUUGUGAAAAAGGGAGGUGUUUUUUGAAGGCGCAGUGUUUGUCUUUAUUUGCUGUGAUCAUUCUAAAAGAUCCCAAAUAGAGACAAGGAUGUGCUGUUGUUCAGUGCUGCAGACAGUUCAUAAAUAAAAUCCUUUGCAUGAA